CUAGCCGGGAGGUGGCUCUCUCGUCCCCCACUCAGUCACACUCCGCGCACUCACACACUUGGAAGCGCCUCCCCACGUCCCUCCCCUGCCCUCCUCUUGCUCCGCUCUUCCCUCUCUCACCACGAACGGUCGCCGACCGACGGCCAGUCCGCGUCUCGCCCUCUCCCUGUCUCCACAACAUGCCUGCCUGGGAAGCGGUGGCUCAGGCAGAGCAGCUCUGCUGGCGCAGGCAGGAGGAGCAGGAUUAUUAAAUAACGCAGCUCGACUCCGUGCAGCUGGGAGUGGAGAGAAGGAGCCCAGCGGCCAAGCAGGGGAGGGAGGGCAGAGCAGGGGGGCCGGGAAAGACAAGCCCCGCGCUCCGAAGACAGAAAUCCCCGCGUGCCCGGGAGAAGCCUAACAAGCGCCGCGGAGCCCUCCAGGUUGCUAAGUUGGCUGUCACAGUGCAAGCCUUGGAGUCCCAAUGGGGGACUCCGGAUCAAGACGAUCUACUCUGGUCUCCCGGUUGCCGAUAUUCAGAAGGAGUAUUAGCAGAAAACAUGAUUCUCUUCCUUCUUCACCCUCCUCCAGUAAUACAGUCGGUGUACACAGUUCAUCUCCUUCCAGCACUAACUCAAGCUCAGGUAGUACAGGUAAACGCAGGAGCCUCUUCCGUACUCCUUCCAUUAGCUUCCAUCAUAAGAAGGGGAGUGAACCUAAGAAAGAACCUACCAACCAGAACCUUAGUAUUUCAAAUGGUGCUCAACCUGGUCACAGCAGUAUGCAAAAACUGAGUUUGGAAGAACAUACUAAAACCAGGGGAAGACAUUCUGUUGGUUUUAGCAGUUCACGAAAUAAGAAGAUAACAAGAUCUUUGACAGAGGAUUUUGAAAGAGAAAAGGAGCACUCGACUAAUAAGAAUGUCUUUAUAAAUUGCCUAAGUUCUGGCAAAAGUGAGGGGGAUGAUUCUGGAUUCACAGAAGAACAAACUCGCCGUUCUGUUAAGCAGUCGACAAAGAAGCUUCUUACUAAAUCUUUUUCAUCUCACUAUAAAUUUUCUAAGCCAGUUCCACAGAGCCAAUCCAUUUCAUUGGUACAGCAAUCUGAAUUCUCACUGGAAAUUGCACAGUACCAAGAGAGGGAGCCUGUAUUAGUAAGAGCUUCUCCAUCGUGUUCUGUGGAUGUAACAGAACGGGCGGGAAGCUCUUUGCAAUCUCCACUGCUUUCUGCUGAUUUUACUACAGCUCAGACACCUUCAGAGUUCUUAGCCUUGACUGAAGAUUCUGUGUCUGAAGCAGAUGCAUUUCCUAAAAGUGGAAGCAUGGCAUCCCACUGUGACAACUUUGGCCACAGUGAUUCUACCUCUCAGAUUUCUCCCAAUCCUGCUGCUGCUACAAAGACAACAAUAGACCUUAUGGGAACUGUUCCCUGUGCAAUUAUGUCUCCUGGGAAAUACAGGUUAGAAGGUCGGUGUAGCACUGAAUCUAAAUCCUUCCCAGAAACCUCUGCUGCUAAUCAGAAGGAAGUGUUAUUGCAAAUCACUGAACUACCUGCUAUGAAUGCGAGUGACUCAGAGAUUCACCUAUCAGCAGAUACAAGAAGAGGAGAACAUAUGGUGAUACAAAAUGGUGAAACAAUGUUGGCAACAAGUUCCCCAAGGAAACUUGGAUUUUAUGAGCAACAUAAAGCAAUAGCUGAACGUGUUAAAGGGAUCCAUCCUAUUUCAGAUUCAAGGAUAAUACCCUCUUCCGGUGAUCAUUAUAUUUUAAACAAAACAUCAUAUGGAUAUGAUGCAAAUCCUGCCAAAGUUCUUGCCAGUAGCCUCAGUCCAUACCGUGAAGGAAGAUUUGUAGAGAGGCGACUGCGAUCCUCAUCAGAAGGAACUGCAGGGGGUAGCAGGAUGAUUUUGAAGCCAAAAGAUGGAAAUGUGGAAGAAGUUAAUAGUCUAAGAAAGCAGAGAGCAGGUUCAUCAUCUUCAAAAAUGAACAGCAUGGAUGUUUUGAAUAAUUUGGGAUCUUGUGAACUGGAUGAAGAUGAUCUAAUGCUUGAUUUGGAAUUUUUAGAGGAACAGAAUCUUCGUCCUUCAGUUUGCCGGGAGGAUUCAUACCACUCUGUGGUCUCAUGUGCUGCUGUAGUUCUCACUCCCACGGACCCAACAAUAGAGAUGAAGAAAAGAGAGGAACUAAAAUUUCCUGAGCCUUCGAAACAGAACCUUUCCCUGAAAUUAACAAAAGAGAUUGAUCCGGAAGCCAGGUGUCCCCAUAUCAGGGGAGCGCCCAGCAGUCCAUCUGCAGAUUGGCCCCUGCCAGGUGUGGAAGAAAAUGGAGGCAUCGAUUCUAUGCCAUUCAGACUGAUGCUACAGGACUGCACAGCCGUCAAGACAUUAUUAUUAAAGAUGAAAAGAGUUCUACAAGAGAGUACAGAUAUGAGCCCAGCAAGUAGCACCACUUCACUUCCUGUUAGUCCUCUUACUGAAGAGUCAUCGCCUUUCAAGACUUUCUUCUCAUUGGUUGGUGGUGAAGGAACAGGGACAUAUUCCAAGAAUCUUGUGCUCAGCUUGAAGUCACCAUCCUCUACCUGGGUGGGGGCCUUAGUUCCCCCGCAGAAGAACUCAAAGGAUAUAGUGAAAGAUGAAUGCUCAAUGCUGAAGCUGCAGCUGAAAGAGAAGGACGAACUAAUUUCCCAACUUCAGGAAGAACUGGACAAAGUUCAGCAUUUACAGAAGGCUUUUGCUUCAAGAGUAGAUAAAUCCACACAAACUGAACUUCUAGGCUAUGAUGCCCUGUGGAAUCCUACAUGCACUGAAGUUUUAUUUAAACCAGUACAUAUUUCAACCUAGGUUAAAUCAUUAUUUGAUAAGAAAUGUAUCACAAAUCUGACAUGCUAAAUAUGAAAUCAGUUUUCCAUUAUUUCAUGUGUUAGCUGUUUCUCAGAGUAUGUAAUACAGAAAUGUUUCCAUUCCAGAUAUUUCACACUUUUUGCAUUUGUACACAAUUGCAUAAAAUAUUAAUGGAUGUAGAUUAAGCUAACAUAUUCCUACCUUAUUGUAUUUUUAAAACAAAAAUAGACUUAUUUUUAAAUUGUCUCUAUAUGCAGCUAUUCUGAAGUGUAAUAUUCCACUUGGCAGUACAUAUUUUUUGUUCAACCUUCUCAUCCAUGUCAUUUGUCUCUCUGGUUAUAAUCUGUUUAAUUUCACCAUAUAUUCUAUGCACAUUAAGUAAGUUUCAAAACAGUGCUUCUAGUUUCCCCCAUCCUAGUGUGACAGUUCUUACCGAAGAACUAAGUUACCUCUGUUUUUCCCUUGCAUUGAGAUCAAAAGAUGAAAGCAGUAUGUCUUCAAACGAAAUAAAUCAUGAAGAGUCUUAUUCUAACUGUAGAAAGUAAAAAACUUACUUCUAUCUCUAAAUAAGUGAAGAAAGUUUUUUGGCUAUUGACCUCAUAUUGAGGGAAGUUUGUUGAAUGUGUCAUAAAAAAAAAAAAACCUGUCUCCUGGGCUUGGCAUCACUGCCUGAUUUCUGUGUGUCCUUGUUUAUUACCUUUCUCUAAUAGCUCACUUUAAUUAUCAAAUGACUGGGUAGCAACAAGGCACUCUUGAGUGUUGUAGUUUAUUGCAAGGAUAAGUGACAACCCAAAGGAUGUCUCAGUGUUGUGGUGCAGGACAACAGAAGAGCUAUAGAGCUAAGGAGAGGAAAGCAGGUUUUACUGAAUUCCCUAUAUUUUUUAAACAGGAAAUGAAAUAAUCAUGGUUAAUGAUGGUAACAUUUAGAAAUAUGCUAUAAAAUUUCUUAAAUUAUUUGAAUUAUUAUGUAACAUAUAAUAUGCAUGAUCAAAUGGGCUUAAGCCAUGGUAUUAAAAUAAAACUGUAAAUAUAUUUAUUUACUUGAAAACAUUGUAUGUGUCCUUGUUGGCUUUGCUGCUUAAAACAUCCUUUUAUGAUUCAAGAUACGAAAAACGUUUUU